AUGAAAUUCUUGGCGCCGAUAUUUGCCCUCGUGGCGUUGACUUCUGCCAAGUCGCUGCUGUUUGAUCCCCUGAGUGAUGAAGAGAUUUUUUACGUCAAUAACUUGUCUGGGGUUAACUGGAAGGCUGGCAGGAACUUUUACCCACACGAGCUGGCGAGAGCCAAGAGAAUGUGCGGUGUCAACAUUGCAGAGAACAUGGAAUACAACAGGAAACACCUCACCUACAAGGAUGUCCAGGUCAGAGCUGAUCUGCCAGAAAACUUCGACCCAAGGACCAAAUGGACCAACUGCCCUAGUCUGAGUGAGAUCAGGGAUCAGUCUAACUGUGGUUCCUGUUGGGCUUUUGGGGCUGCUGAAGCCAUCACAGACAGGAUCUGUAUCAAAGGUGGAGGCCAAGUCCAUAUCUCGGCAGAAGACGUCAAUGAUUGUUGCAUAGCCUGCGGGAAUGGAUGCAACGGUGGCUUUCCCUCUGCAGUGUAUGACUGGUAUGAAAAAACUGGCAUUGUAACUGGUGGACAGUACGGCACAAACCAGGGAUGUAAGCCAUACUCUCUACCUCACUGUGACCAUCACACAACAGGAAAAUACUCUCCAUGCACUGGCGAUUCUAAAACACCGACCUGCAAGUCUGCCUGCAGAAGUGGUUACAACAGGACGUACACAGAAGACAAGAGGAGAGGAUCAUCCUCCUACGGUCUCCAGGGAGUGGAGAAGAUCAUGCAGGACCUAGUGGACAAUGGCCCUGUUACUGCGGCCUUCACGGUCUACAGCGACUUCUUGUCGUACAAAUCUGGUGUUUACAGGCACACAACCGGAGAGGCACUGGGUGGGCACGCAAUCAAAAUCAUCGGAUAUGGCGUGGAAAAUGGAGACAAAUACUGGCUGGUGGCAAACUCGUGGAAUGAAGACUGGGGUGAUAAAGGAUUUUUCAAGAUUCUGAGAGGCACCAACGAGUGCGGCAUCGAAGAUGAAGUCAGUGCCGGGGAGCCAAAACUCUGA